UCACAUUUCGCUCAUUUAACCAUAUUUUUUUCUUCAGUUACACCCCCAACUUUCCAUCCUCCUCUCUCUUCUACCCGAUUGAUGUCUUCCACUUAGGGUUUUUUCUGCAUUUAGAUUCCUCCUUCUAUCGCUUUCUCCUCCUCAUUCGCAAUUGCAAUAGGAUUUUCGCUUCCUUCGAGAGGGAAUUUCAGCUUUCUCGAUUGAAUUUUGGAGUUAGGGUUCCGAAUUUUACUCCAAAGGCCGUCCGUUCGUGCUGGAAUUUAAGGCUUUUGGAGCUGCAGAGAUAGGGUUCUUCAAUUUUGGUAUUUCCCCCCCAGAAAAUUAAAAAAGAGGUCAACGAAUUGUUGUUGGUGAAUUGUGGGCUGAGCCUGUAACCAUUGUUAUAAACUGGAGUUAUCACAAUGUUGGGUGUGAAUCGUAGUGGGUUUAAUUUCUCGAGCGGUUUUCUCCACCUAGCUGAAUGGCAUCCCUUAGAAUAGCAAUGUUAACCAGGGCUUGAAGCCCUUCCCUUCCUCUCAUAUAUACCAGGGUCAUCCGAGAACUUAGUUAUUAGGAUAUUUGAUUUGGGCCAAAAUACGUGAGUCAGAUUGAUGCUGUGAUGGAAGAUUAUAGGAGUUUUUCAUUUGCCAAAAUGAUGGGCUGCUGUAGUUGCUUCGGUUUCAUCAAAAAACCCAGACGUCACCGGGCUAAGCGUGGCAUCAACAAUUUUCUCUCCCGCCAGCUAUUGUCAGAUGGAGAAACUGAUGGUGAUGAGUUCUCCUACAGUGGCGAUGUUACUAGUAACGCCACCAGUGGAGAUGAUAGUGAGCUGCAAACUACUCUUCCCAAUCGUUCGGAGGAUAUUUUGAACUUUAGAGCACAGAAUGGCAUGGUUUGUAGGCGGUUUCCUGUUAAGGAGACUCACAAACUUGUUCGCUCAGAGGAUGAAAAUGGGUGCAAGAUGAUAAAUGAGUACGUUCGAGAGUAUAAGAUUGGUUCUGGAAGCUAUGGCAAAGUGGCUCUUUAUCGAAGUUCUGUUGAUGGAAAGCAUUAUGCACUUAAGGCCUUUCAUAAGUCUCAUUUACUGAAGCUUCGAGUCGCACCAUCUGAAACUGCCAUGACUGAUGUUUUACGUGAGGUACUUAUUAUGAAAAUGAUAGAACAUCCUAAUAUAGUCAAUCUCAUUGAGGUGAUUGAUGACCCAGAGUCGGAUGAUUUAUACAUGGUACUUGAAUAUGUGGAAGGCAAAUGGGUUUGUGAGGGUUCUGGUCGUCCUUGUGCUUUAGGUGAAGAAACUGCUAGGAAAUACUUGCGUGAUAUAGUCUCGGGAUUAGCAUAUCUUCAUGCUCAUAAUAUAGUGCAUGGGGAUAUAAAGCCUGAUAAUCUGUUGAUUACUCGUCAUGGCACAGUGAAGAUAGGAGAUUUCAGUGUCAGCCAGGCUUUUGAGGAUGGUAAUGAUGAACUUCGGCGAUCACCUGGAACUCCUGUUUUCACUGCACCAGAAUGUUGUUUAGGCCUUACUUAUCACGGUAAAGCUUCAGACACAUGGGCAGUAGGAGUUACUUUGUACUGUAUGAUCUUGGGUGAAUACCCAUUUCUCGGAGACACACUUCAAGAUACCUAUGACCGAAUAGUCAAUAAUCCUCUAGAACUCCCAGAUGACAUUGACCCGCAGUUAAAGAACUUAAUAGAAGGACUACUUUGCAAAGACCCAAGACUAAGGAUGACAUUGGACGAUGUUGCGGAGCAUGUCUGGUUUAUUGGGAAUGAUGGGCCAAUUGCUGAGUACUCGUGUUGGUGCAAACGCAAUAGCCUGGAGAGGGAAGACUCUGAUGGCAGCAAUAUGCUUGCUUGACCCAUACUGACUAAAUGAUUUUAAGUUGGAUUUCUUUACGUACAGUGAAAAGCCCCAUUGAUCCCCCCCCGCCCCCCCUUUUGACCUUAUGGACGUAUGUUAUGAUUAUAGAGGAAGUCUUGAAAGAAUCCUUGGAAUUUAAGUACAUACAGCUCCUGUUGCCAAUGAUAAGUUAACAAGUCGUGUUUAUUUUUGUAUGGUGAUGCAUUUGAUAGAGAGGUCUUGUAUACUUAUUCGCAUAUAAUGAGUUUUUUGCUCAACCAAACGGUGGUAGUUUAGUUGGUAGCAAAAGAGCUGAAUAAGUGAAAAAGAAAAGGUCUUGGUUCGA